AUGGUUGUUUAUUUCUGCAGCUUCUCGAUCGAAAGUUGCAGAGAUGGUGGUAAAGGACGACAAAGAGUCGAUGAUGGGGUAGGUAUGGGUGGGCUCGAUAGUCGACAAACUCAAUUGAGGAAGUCGAGGGAUGAAAGCAGUCAGAGUAAAGGAAGUAGGAAAGAACCUUACACGGUAAUGGAGAACAAGUCGGUAGAUCUCAGAUGGGUAAGCUCCACUAGUGUAGAAAAGCUACCUAGUUUGGAUGUUGAGCUUGUAAUGUAG